CAUACCAACCAAACCACAACCACAACCAUCAACAACCAGCAAAAAUGCCUUCCCUCUCCACCCUCACCCUCCUCGCAACCCUCACCAGCCUCAUUCAAGGCUCCUCCCUCCUCCCCCGCCAAGGCACCGCGGGCGUCACCACCCGGUACUGGGACUGCUGCAAGCCCUCCUGCUCCUGGCCCAACAAAGCCGCCUUCAGUUCCCCCGUCAAAAUCUGCGGCAAAGACGACAACCCGAUGUCCGACCCAAACACCGUUUCCGGGUGCGACGGCGGUCCAGGUUUCCAGUGUUCGAACCAGCGCUCCUGGGCGAAGACUGAGAGUCUGGCGUAUGGAUUCGCGGCGGUGAAUGGAGGGAAUGAAGCCGGGUCGUGCUGUGCUUGUUACAAAUUGAAAUUCACAUCCGAAGCCGCCAUGGGCAAAACCCUCGUGGUGCAAGUCACCAACAUCGGCUACGACGUCGGCGCCACGCAAUUCGACCUCGCUCUGCCCGGCGGCGGAGUCGGAAUCUUCCCCCAAGGUUGCCGCAACCAAUACGGCGUCCAGAACGGCUGGGGUUCCAACGGCGGGUACGGAGGCGUCUCCUCGGAAGCGGAGUGCAUGACGCUGCCGGCGGCUCUGCAGGACGGCUGCAAGUUCCGCUUCCAGUGGUUCAAGGGCAGCAACAACCCGAGUGUGAUGUACGAGCGGGUUGCUUGCCCGGCGGACUUGGUGAGCAGGAGUGGAUGUAAGAGGGAUGAUGAUUCGCGCUUUCCGGCGAGCCCGUAAGCUUUCUCUCUUCUUGGGGAGUGGCGAUGAUGGGCAGUGAGCGGUUUUUCGCUGGGAGCUUGCUCGAGUGGAGGAGGAGGAGGGAAUGAAAUGGAAUGAAAUGGAAUGCACCGAGGUGCUAUGGUAAUGGUGGUAUGAUCAUCGGCUCUUGCACGGUCGUUUCCGCUUUUCGGAGCCAAGAAUGCAAUUUUCUCGAGUCAAAGAUUGUUCGUGCCAGCUUCUCAUCCUAUGAUGCAAUCCGAUACGACUGUACCUCCCUCAUGAGAGGCACAUUCGAACGC